AUGGAAAAUUCCAAUACGAACGAUUUGAUCAGGCAAUUGCAGGCGCAAAUUGAGACACAAGCACAAACCAUGCAGGAGACUCAACGUAAACACGCAGAGGAGAUAGCGGCGCUGCGAGCACAGAUCCCAACACCAGAGUUAUCUGCCUCCAACAGACAGGAGGAUAACGAUGCCAGCCACCAUGGGGGAACCUCUGAACGGGCCGGUGGAGGAAGGAGGGGGCCUACUCCUAUGCGCCUCACUAACCUGCUUCCAUUCACAGAAGCCAUCAUGCAAGCAAACAUGCCGGACAAGCCUCCUCCAACUCUGGAACGCUACAAUGGCUCUGAAGAUCCUGAUGACCAUCUACGUAAUUUUAUAGAUGCCAUGGCAUUCUAUACCGACAGCGAUCCGGUGAUAUGCAGAGCUUUCUCCUUAUCCCUUAAAGGGGAAGCUCUGGAAUGGUUCCAUAAACUUCCCCGAAAUUCCAUAGAUUGUUUUGCAACCGUCGAAUCUUUAUUCCGAAAACAGUACGCAGCCAAUAAAAAACCAGCGAUGACUGCUACUGAGCUUGUCCAUACCAGGCAGGAGAAGGAUGAGACCCUGAAAGCUUUCAUGCAGCGGUACAUCGAGACGGCCCGGCGCGUGCCAGAUAUUACUCCCACCUUUAUCAUCAGCAACCUGUCGUCCUGCUUAAGGCCGGGGCAAGUCUCGGAACAAUUAUAUGCUGACCCUCCAGCAUCCAUGGAGGAACUCCAAUCCACUAUGGCGAAAUUCAUCCGCAUCGAAGAUCACCGUAACUCCAGGAGGAAGCACCAGCAGGAUGUCCCUAACCAGGAGACAAGAAAACCAACGAAACGACCCCCCAACGACUACAGACCAGAUCGACCACCUAGGAAGGAGUCGGGGUGGACGUCUAAAUACGAUCGCUACACGACUCUCAACGCACCAAGGGCGAGGGUGCUAGAAGAGGCCUUACACGCCGAACUUCUCACCGUGCGGCGAAGUGCCACCCCAAAGAACGCAGAUAACAGCAAAACUUGCCGGUUCCACAUGAACCGUGGGCACGACACGGAAGAAUGUAAUAUAGUAAGAGACGAGUUAGAACGACUCAUUCGUGCAGGUUAUCUCCAGAAUUACGUCAAGGAGAGAGUUUCCACUAGAGCAACAACUCCUCGCCGAAGAGAUCCUCCUAGGCGAAGUCCCCAGCGAUCUCCCCCUAAAGAUGAUCGACAUCGUAGGCGGUCGCGCAGUCCACCUCGACGCAUAGAGAGGGAACGCUCAGUCCGAGGCCGCAUCGACACCAUAUCUGGUGGUUUCGCGGGGGGAGGCGUGUCGGCUUCGGCGAGGAAGCGACAUUUGAGACAGUUGAAGUCGGUCCAUAUGGUCGAGCGCCAGGCUCGGUCGAUCCCUGACAUCACGUUCACGAACGCUGACUUCCAUGCUCCUGAUCCUGAUCAUGAUGAUCCUAUGGUCAUCACGGCUAAUAUAGCUCGGUAUGAUGUCAGCAAGGUUCUCGUCGACCAAGGAAGCUCGGUCAACAUUUUAUAUUGGUCCACUUUUCAGAAAAUGGACCUAUCUGAGGAUCUCAUCGCCCCGUUUAAUGAGCAGAUUGUCGGAUUCUCAGGAGAACGAGUAGACACCAGGUGA